AUGAGCCUCGCCGAAGCUGCCCCCAUCACCCGCGAUGAUCGAUAUGUCAACCCCGGAUCAGACGAUCAGCGGUUAGGUGACUCGACACCUCGAGCUAGCGAACUCAACAACGAGACGGAUAGUCAGCGCGACGACACGAAGAAGGACGGAAAGAGCAAGAUGCGUAGCUUGUUUGGACUUGGCAAGAAGAAGUCCUCGACGCCUAUAAAAUCUGACUCCAAACCCGACACGAACGACACCAAGACUGGGUCUCAAAACGAGUCCCAGACUCCUUCCAACACAAACUCCAACCCCACUAGCCCAUCUCUAUCCCGAGACGCUUCCAAGCUAUCCUCGAACCAACCAUCAUGGUCCCCUACUGGUGAUCAGAGCUUCAUUCCCACCUCUCCGAGUCGCGGCUUCACUGGAUCUCCACGACUGUCGUCGCCAGCCACAUCCCAGAUCUUUGAACGUGAUGUUCAAGACAGCUCUGUUAUCGCGGCCAGCUCCCCAGCCAUCCCGACACACAUCCAGACCGAGAACUACAUUCCUCCCGUUCUCGAUGAUGCGUCCGAAGCCAUCACAAACAACAAGCUUGACCCGGAUACGGUCGAGAUUGUUACUCACACCUCGCAUCAACCCGCUGCGGUGACAGUCACAGGGGCCAGCAGUAACUUGCCUUCGUACGAUCCCUCUGCCAGCGAGUGGGCAGCAGAACUAGCAUCCUUUGCCAACCGGGACGCUGUUUCGACCGAUAACGCCUCCAAUUACGGAUCUCUGGAUUCUGCGGACGUCCGUCGUCUAUCCUUCAUCUCGUUCGCUGAUGUUGUACAAGCCGAACACAACCCUGCCGGAGGCAUUGCGAGCUCCCGCGACAGCAUCCAUCUUGCAGGUCUCACAUCUCUGCCCUCGGCAAUGAACCGUUCACCUUCACCUAUCCGAUCACCUGUAUCUAGCCAAGGACCCGAGACAAGCCCUCCUACGAGCAACCCCGGUAGCAUGAAGGGUAUUGAGCUGAGCCCCUCACGAAGACCCCUGGGUAGCCCUACCAGCAUCAACAACCUCAAGCUCAACCCUUCAGGGGGUGAUUUGAACAUUGAGACAAUGAGCCAGGCUCUGCGAAGAACCGGCAGCAGUGACUUGAGCCAUGUCCGCAGCGGCCCUACAAGCCCAAUUGAGAGCUCCCACCUUCGUUAA